UCAAACCCAAACCCCCAAAAGGGCCGAAGCCCCCCAUCGCCUUCCUCUCCCCUGUCGACGACGAGCAGCUCCCACUCCCAGCCAUGGGCAACCGCACAUCGCGCCACAACCGCCCCGCUCCCGAGCAGCCGCAGCCGCCCCAGCCCAAGCCCACGCCGCAACCGCAACAGCAGCAGUGGCCGAGGCCCCAGCAGCCGACGCCGCCGCCGCCUGCGGCGGCGGCGGCGGACGCGGCGAUGGGGCGGGUGUUGGGGCGGCCGAUGGAGGACGUCCGCGCGACCUACACCUUCGGGCGCGAGCUCGGCCGGGGCCAGUUCGGGGUCACCUACCUCGUCACCCACAAGGCCUCCGGGAAGCGCUUCGCCUGCAAGUCCAUCGCCACGCGGAAGCUCGUCCACCGCGACGACAUCGAGGACGUGCGCCGGGAGGUGCAGAUCAUGUACCACCUCACGGGCCACCGCAACAUCGUCGAGCUCCGGGGCGCCUACGAGGACCGCCACUCGGUCAACCUCAUCAUGGAGCUGUGCGAGGGCGGGGAGCUCUUCGACCGCAUCAUCGCCCGGGGCCACUACACCGAGCGCGCCGCCGCCGCGCUCUGCCGCGAGAUCGUCGCCGUCGUGCACAGCUGCCACUCCAUGGGGGUUUUCCACCGGGAUCUCAAGCCGGAGAACUUUUUGUUCCUCAGUAAGAGCGAGGACUCGCCGCUCAAGGCCACCGACUUCGGUCUCUCCGUUUUCUUCAAGCCUGGGGAGCAUUUCAAGGACCUUGUCGGAAGCGCAUAUUAUGUUGCUCCUGAGGUGCUAAAACGAAACUAUGGAGCAGAGGCUGACAUAUGGAGCGCCGGUGUUAUUCUUUACAUCCUUCUUUCUGGUGUUCCACCAUUUUGGGCAGAGAGUGAAGAUGGUAUAUUUGAUGCAGUCUUACGUGGCCGCAUCGAUUUCUCAUCUGAUCCUUGGCCUUCGAUAUCUAAUGGUGCGAAAGAUUUGGUUAAGAAGAUGCUGCGGCAAGACCCAAAAGAACGCCUUACUGCUGCUGAAAUUUUGAACCACCCAUGGAUUAGAGAGGAUGGAGAAGCCCCAGACAAGCCACUUGACAUUACAGUUAUCAGCAGGAUGAAGCAGUUCAGGGCAAUGAACAAGCUUAAGAAAGUUGCACUGAAGGUUGUUGCAGAGAAUUUGUCAGAGGAAGAGAUUACCGGCUUAAAAGAAAUGUUCAGAUCCUUGGAUACUGAUAACAGUGGGACAAUAACUCUGGAGGAGCUACGAUCCGGUUUACCAAAACUUGGCACCAAAAUUUCUGAAUCAGAAAUUAGACAGCUGAUGGAGGCGGCAGAUGUUGAUGGAAAUGGAACCAUUGACUAUGCUGAGUUCAUAUCAGCAACAAUGCACAUGAACAAAUUGGAGAAGGAAGACCACAUACUUAAAGCAUUUGAAUAUUUUGAUAAGGACCACAGCGGGUGCAUAACAGUAGAUGAACUGGAAGAAGCUCUGAAGAAAUAUGAUAUGGGAGAUGAUAAAACGAUUAAGGAGAUCAUCGCUGAAGUAGAUACUGAUCAUGAUGGAAGAAUCAACUACCAGGAGUUCGUUGCCAUGAUGAGGAACAACAACCCUGAAAUUGCUCCUAACCGACGGCGCAUGUUCUAACUUCCUUCACAAUUGUUGGCUAGGACCAAUUUGUACUCAAAUGGAGUGAGCUGUGCGCCAUAUAGUUUUUCAUAUGUAGAUGAUUGGACCAUCAUGGAUAUCCGAGUGCUGCUUUGAUUUGGCGUGUAACCUCAAUGAGAUGAUCGGUCCAACUGCUCUUAUGAGCUUGCUGUGACCAUGCGCCACUUGAUCGUUCAUGUUAGAUCAGGUGUUGUAAAACAGAUUUCAGUGAUCAGAUCAGGCAAGGCUAUAUGUUAUUCUGAUAAAAACAGUUUAAUCUUUGGUUCUGAAUCUCCCGGCCGUAUGAAAACGAGCUAUAUUUGAGUUGAUUAUAAUCGUUCGGUGUGUCCAGCAGUACUACUCUAACUGUU